AUGUAUGCCACACUCUCACACACCGAGACUUUAUAUGUUUUGUCUGACAACAUGAACUGCAUCCUCCUCAUCCUCCUCGUGGGCUUUCAAGGCAUUGACUCCAUCACCACUGUGAAAAGGGUAGAAGUGAAAGAGGGACAGACCCUCAUCAUCCCCUGUCUUUAUGAGGCAGAACAAAAAGGAUACACCAAGCUCUUCGCACAUUAUGGGUAUUCUCCUCAUUGGCCUAUUGUAGUGGACACAAAUGGUAAUGCAUCAUCAGACAGAUUUUCAAUUUCAGAUGAUCCCAUCCAGAAUGUCUUCACUGUGACAAUGCAAAACAUGAAAAGGACCGAUACAGGCAGAUAUAGAUGUGGAUAUGAGGGGCAUGUAUACCCUGAAGCCGAAGUCUACAUAUCAGUCACAGGUAUGUGGGGGGGGAGUGUGGUCAUCAAUUGCAACUACAACAGAGGAUAUCUGCAGCUGAAGAAGUGGUGCAGGAUCGGUGGCAAGUGUGCUGGUUCAAACUACAACGACAUCAGGGGACUGUCAGUGGAGUUGAGUGGUAGUGGAUAUGAUGCCAGUACAGGGGUGUUAAAGGUGACUCUAAAAGAUCUUCAAGAGAGUCACUCAGGCUGGUACUACUGUUCUGUGGGAGAUCUACAGAUGCCUGUACACGUUACUGUCAUACAGAACACAACUACACUGGAAACAUCAACCAUGCCUUCAAUCAACACUUUUGAGACAGCCUACACAGUUGAUGCUGUGCCCUCCACCUCAUCUGCAAACCAGACCCAUCCUCAGACGGCCUCCAACCUGCCUCAUCUGUUACGUCCGUUGGGGCUGUUGCUGUUGGUGAUCAUCUGUGGAUCUGUUACGCUGGCAAUCCGCCUGAGGAAACGCAAGCAUACAGGUCCAGGGGUGCAAACAGACACAAGAGACAGAAGUGAUGGACAUAUGGUUGCCAGAGAGGACUCGGAGGAGGCUUCUUACACCAAUAUCCCCAUGACCACUAUGCAGGCAGAUGGCGGAAAAGAUGGUGUUUCUCCAGCACUGGAAGAGCACGCAGCAGAUGCCUAAGAAAGGCUAAAUUUAUGGGUUUGGGGCCAUCUCUUUUCUGUGAGCAACACACACAUAAAGAAAGAAACGAGCAGAUCAUAUCAUUUUCAAUAGUGCUUGCCAGCUCUGAGCAAUACAUUUGAUUUUGUCUUUUUUCAUCAUUAUUUGUAUCAUGGAAUCUUGAAUGCUUUACAUACAAUAUAUUCAUUGUUAGAUUUGAGUUGAUUUGAAAAUGUUUUAUUUUGUUUUGUGUUAUGGAUAUGCUCAAUUGUAGACUUUGGCAUUGGAUAUGUGCUGGAAAAGAGGUCACAUCUGAUGUUAUAGUUCCCCUUUAGAUGGCAGCAAAACCUCAGUGAUGUGCAGACACACAUAAGGACAUCAUGUUUUAAGCUUCCUUGCUGGCAAUACUGUAAAUACAACUUGACAUUUUUGGAAGAUAGAUUAUUUUUUUGCUAUAAUGAAAACUAUAGUUGCUGUGUAAAACCUUUAGGGAAUUUUUGCUUGUGAAGUUUAUGUUAAAUAAAUGACAGAAACAAUAAAAAACACAAAUAAAAACUGAGGCAUCACUGCACAAAUAUUUGA